GUCGUUAGACAAUGAGGAAGCUGAAGUACAGACAGUUUUGGCAUGACUCGCAUUUUUACCUCACAAACUCACUGGGAUAGCGAACGCAGCCAUGGAGAACAUUUCCUAUGAGGACCUCCAGGUUCUUCUGAAGGAGAACCAGAACUUGGUUCUAGUUGAUGUGCGCUCAAAAGGAGAAGUGGACAAUGGCCACAUCCCAGGAUCCAUUAACAUUCCACUUGACACUGUGGAGAGUGCUUUUAAAUUACCGCCGGAGGAUUUUAAGAGCAAAUAUGGAAAAACCAAACCAGAAAAGGAUUCACAGGAUCUGGUGUUUCACUGCCAGAUGGGCAGAAGAGGUGAAACGGCAACAAAACAGGCCCGUCAGCUCGGAUACUCCAAGGCUCGAAAUUAUGCUGGCGGCUACAUGGAGUGGUCCAAAAAACAAAACAAAUGAUUUAUUUUUUAUUUUUUUUAUGAAGAACCUCUAGAGUGAAUUAUAUGUAUUCACAUCUUAGAAUCAACACGAGCAUGAAACGUGUUCCUUUUGUUGAAUUUUAUACAGUAAAUCAUGUUAAUAUGUUUGUAUGAAAAUAUUCAAAUAAAGUCUUUGAAAAUCA